AUGCUCAUACAUCUGAUCCAGGCCUCCCUGUACGCCCAGGGUAAGCGUCGUUACGACCGCAAGCAGAGCGGUUAUGGUGGUCAGACCAAGCCCGUCUUCCACAAGAAGGCCAAGACCACCAAGAAGAUCGUGCUGCGUCUCGAGUGCACUGCCUGCAAGGCCAAGAAGCAGCUCGCUCUGAAGCGCUGCAAGCACUUCGAGCUGGGUGGUGACAAGAAGACCAAGGGUGCUGCUCUUGUGUUCUAA